CACAAUCCCCGCGCCACUCACAUCUCUGCGAGCUCACCCCGUAGGGUUAGGGUUUCAAGCGGGUAGCGAUGCGGAUCAAGAAAAAUGUCCCCAAGAUCGACAGGAAGCAAGACUACGACAUGAAGCUUUGCAAGUUGCUGAAUGAGUACUACAGUGUGCUCAUAGUGGAGGCAGACCACGUCGGCUCCACCCAGCUCGCGGCCGUCCGUAGGGGCAUCCGCGGCGAGUCGGAGCUGCUCAUGGGGAAGAACACCCUCAUCCACCGCUGCAUCAAGGUGCACGCCGAGGCGACGGGCAAUGACAAGAUCAAGGCUAUCAUACCGCUACUCGAAGGAAACGUCGGUCUCAUCUUCACCAAGGCUGACUUCAAGAAGGUUCGCGAGGAGGUCGCCAAGUACAAGGUUGGGGCCCCUGCUCGUGUUGGGCUGGUUGCUCCUAUUGAUGUGGUGCUUCCCCCUGGCAACACUGGUGCUUAACAUCCCCACCAAGAUCAAUAAGGGCACUGUUGAAAUCCUGGCCCUGGUGGACAUCACCAAGAAGGGUGACAAGGUGGGCUCGUCCGAGGCUGCCCUGCUUGCCAAGCUCGGUAUCCGCCCAUUCUCCUAUGGGCUUGUGAUCACAAAUAUUUAUGAAGAUGGGUUAGUCUUCAGCCUAAGGUUCUUGACCUCACAGACGAAGACCUGAUUGAGAAGUUCUCUUCUGGUAUUUGUAUGGUUGCGUCACUGUCUUUGGUAAUCUCGUACCCAACCAUGGCUGCUGCAGCUCAUAUGUUCGUCAAUGGGUACAAAAACGUGCUUGCUAUUGCUACUGAGACAAAUUACUCCUACCCUCAUGCUGAUCAGAUCAAGGAGUACCUCAAGGAAAACCUCCUAUUUUUGUGUUAUGCUUGCUGGGUUCAAAAUGAUAAUGCAGAAACAUGUGCUGAACCCGGUGCCACAAAGACAGGACUAUCAGAGUUGCCGUUGGAUGUGAUAGAGAAGCUGCUGAAUCAUAUUUCUUGCCGUGGUGAUUGGGCUCGCCUUCGUUGUGCCAACAAGUUUUGGAAGGCAAAGGUAGAUGGUGCAAAAAGGCCCAUGCAACUGCCAUGGCUUAUAUUGCCAUCAACCACGAAACCUACCUAUUACAGCACUGAUGGACAAGCCGUACAUCGACUUCGCCUCCCGGACAGUGUUAGGAGAGCUAAACGAAUCACUGGAGCACAUGAAGGCGAUUGGAUUCUUCUGGCUGAUGACACUAAAACCCUAGUAAACAAGAUUGAGGCUGAUGAAAAAGAAGCUAUACUACACAGGAACCGGCUCUACAACUUGAGCACUGGACGCGUUAUCCCUCUUCCACAGCAAAUGUCGUCUCAUGGGGGAAGAGUUGAUGUUGAAGUGAGGGUAGGUGCUAUAGCUGGCUGCCUAGGUUCUCCCAAUGGGUUUGUGGUGGUUGCUAUUGUGCGUCCCUUAGAUAGCCCAUUUGAGCAUGCAGCUUAUUGUAACCAGUCGAUGGAACUGUGGGAGGAUUGCGAGUAUAUCGGAGGUCACAGGAUGGAAGAUACAGUGGGGAACUACGUGCCACUUGAUGAUGAGCUGCUGGAUGUAGUCCACAGGGAUGGCUCUUUUUAUCUCUUGACCAACGAUGAAGAAGUUGUGAAGCUGGUCUUUGAUCGCAAUCAGAUUGUGCAGCCAGUGUCAGGACUUGGAGUUAUGUUGCGGGAUGACUUACCAGCAGACAGAUUUUUGGUGGAACAAGGCCAACAAAUAUGGCGGUACCUUGUUCCAGUGCAAACAGGGCUCCUGAUGGUAAUCAGAUACAUUGUGGGUCGUCGGACUGAGCGAAUAAGAGUGUUCAAGCUCGAAGACAAGGAUGACCAGCUCCGCUGGAUUGAGCAAGAUGAUUUACCUGGUCACAAAGUAUUCAUCGGUCAUGGGUGCUCAAGAUGUUCUGAAGUUGGUGAUGAAGUUCUUAGCGUCUACUUCUAUGAUGACAGAGAGGAGCUGAGGAUGCCUCAGUACUAUUUCAGAGAUGAUUCAGGGAUUGCAACAAGUUUGGAGAUUUUUCCGUGGCCAGUUAUCAUGGGGGAGUCACAAAUUGAGAGUGUCUUCAUGGGGGAGUCACAAAUUGAGAGUGUCUCCGAACGCUCUCCACCCGCUUGGUGGCUGCACAAGUGUCCUAGAGCGUGAUAUGAGUUGUUGUAAUACGUUCUCGUAUCCUGCACUCUGUCGUGAAGAAUUUGCUGGUUUGAACUUUAAAGGCAGUCGUUUGUAGAGCUGGCUGUGCUUGGUUAAAAAUAUCUUUGAGCUAUAUAUUUGCUGUACUAUUAUCUAUAAGUCCUUUAAUUAGACAUAUGAGGCUUCAUAAAAUUUCUGUUA